AGAAAAUAAUGUUCUUAAUAACCAAAAUAUUAAAAUAACAUUAUCUGCAUAACUAUUGUGUAUAACGAUCCUCGAUUAAAAAUGAAAACAUAUAAAAAGUUUUUUUGAUCGAAAUUUGAGGUAGUAAACGUUCAACUGUAAACAAAAUGACAACUUUAACAAUUUUAUUUAUGUGUUGUUUUGUCGGAACCGCAUUUUCUCGGUCCGACGAAGAUAUAAAGAAGUGGUUCCUCAUGCAAGCGCUGGAGUGCAGCAAGGAGCAUCCAGUCACAGUAGAUGAAAUAGACAUGAUGAAAAAUCAUAAAAUCCCCAACCACCAGAACGCCAAGUGCCUCGUAGCUUGCCUUUUCAAAAAAGUUGAUUGGAUUGACGAUAAAGGAAUGUUUAACGACAAAAAUGCAUACAAGAUGUCUGAAAAGGAGUACCCUGGUGACCAAGCCAGAUUGGACAAUGCUAAGAAGUUGUACGAAACUUGUUUGAAGGUGAACGAGGCGUCAGUGCCUACUGACGACAAAGGGGGUUGCGAGAGGGCAGCUCUACUGGCUACGUGUUUAACCGAACACGCCCCAAAAAUGGGAUUUUUAAUACAAUAGUCACAACAGACAAAUC